AUGGCUUUCCGCUACCUCAUCUCAUUCUGCGCUUUGUUGGCCUAUGCCAAUGCUGGUCUCUUGGCCGUAGCUAAUCCCUCAUUGGAUGCAGUGGCCGCCACCCAGCAGAAUGUGGUCCGCUCCUUCGCCGGCACAGUGUCCAGCUACUCCAAGGCAGUGGAUACCCCAUACUCAAGUGUCCGCAAGACAGACACCCGCAUCCAGAACAAUGUCUAUACGCCAGCCAUUGCCAAGACCACCUAUGCUGCUGCUGCUCCUUUGUAUACCCAAGCCACACCAGUGGUGGCCAAGACUCUGGUCCAUGCAGCGCCGGCUCCUGUUAUUGAGAAGACUGUGUAUGCUGCCCCAGCUCCAGCUGUCCACUAUGCUGCUCCUGCUCCAGUGCUGGCCAAGACAGUGUACUCUGCCCCGGCACCAGCUGUGAUUGCCAAGACAUAUGCCGCUCCAGCUGUCCACUAUGCUGCUCCCGCUCCAGCUGUCCACUAUGCUGCUCCCGCUCCAGUUGUGGCCAAGACUGUCUAUGCUGCUCCUGCCCCAGUUGUGGCCAAGACUUACUACUCUGCUCCCGCUCCAGUUGUGGCCAAGACAGUGUACUCUGCCCCCGCUCCAGUUGUUGCUGCCCCAGUGUCUUAUGCCGCUCCUGUUGCUGCCACUACCAAUGUGAACUAUGGUCCUUCAGCUACCACCUAUUCGCACAAUGCUCCCGCUCUUGGCGUCUCCAGCUAUGGCAGUGCCCAGACAGUGCAUUACUCACCAGCCGAGAGUGUAUCUCACAUGAGCUUCGAUGGCUUUGGCACCCACUGGGGUUUCUAGGUCACCUGGUCACGCCCCCCCAAGCUCCUACCGCAUUGUUUGUUAAACCUUCUUGUUAAU